UACCCGUUUCUUGUUCUACUUUUCCCCAAGAAAUUAACAGUGGAUUUUUGACGAGUUUUGCUUGCUUUGUCUUGAUGCCGUUCUACUGAUUAACCACACUGUGUGUAAAGAGAAGUCAGCUCAAAUUUGAAAAUUGGGCAUACUGGUGUGGGUACCUAAAUUCUGCUUGUAAUCCCAUUAUCUACGCAUUCCGUAGUCCUUCUUUUAGGAAAGGAUACAAAGAAAUUAUGUGUGGAGUGGAAUCACCAGGACUUACUGGAGUGAAUUCUCUCAGUUUUCGCUCUCGAUCUGCCAGAGGAUCCUUAAAAUCUGCUUCGAAUGUUUGCAUAACAAAACAAGAAGAAACUAAGUCUUCAAAUGCUGCAAUGCGUAGACAGAGAACAAUGCUGUCACAAACAAGCUGGAGGAGCUUGCCCUUAAUGCCAACAUUAUUUCGCUCAUUUUCUUCCAAACACCAAAAAAGUGUUGAGGAUAGCAUGGAUUCCCCACCUGCCGAUUCGGACUGUGGUUUUUGUAGAUUGUUUAAACCCAGACCAGUGUCUUCAGGAGUGGCUAAAUCCGAAGGCACUGUCACGAGACUUCCUAACCCAUCCUCUUUCGAUGAUAUUAAAGAAGAAUCUCAAGAAGACGACGCAAAUGCCGAUACCAAAUUAAUGGAUCGUUCAUCUGUUGGAGACAUUGAAGAGGAAGCUCUAGAAGAGACUGAAAAUUUCGUAUCCAGAACUCAAAGCCCAUGCUUUGUUAGUACUCAGAAAGAAUCUCAAGAAGACGCUGUAUAAAUUUCUCCGUUUUAUUUCAGAAAAAGCAGUAAGAAUUCACGAAGCAAAGAAAAUUAAUCUGACAAAUUUUCUUACUCACAUGAAAAUGGGAUUUUUCCGGGUUAGUACGGAUACCUGAGGACGGAAGAAGUCACAAAAGAGGUUGUUAAUUUACCAUUGAUUUGCAGUAAUCAAGAUGUCCACGAACUCUACUUCUAUAUAUUGUGCGACAAAAAAAAAAAAAAAAAAAAAA